AUGAAUCUAUUAAAGAUAAUUCGUUGGACAAUUAAUUCACAAAAAUAUUCAUGUAUUAGUGUUAGAUCAUGUUUAGGAAGUAUCGGACAAAUACGUUGGCAAACAACUGAUAUUCCACCAAAAGAAGAACCAUCAGUUGAUGUUAGUACGAAAGUAACACCAAUGAAAAAAAGACGUUGGUGGUAUCUAGAUGAAUUGCGUUUAAAAAGUAAUGAAGAUUUACAUAAAUUAUGGUAUGUUCUAUUAAAAGAACGUAAUCGUUUAUUAACUAUGGAAGAAGAAUAUCGAUAUCAACAUGAAUUAUUUCCUAGUCCUGAACGUAUUGAUAAAGUUGAAGAAAGUAUGCGUAAUAUAAUGUUGGUUAUACGAGAACGUGAUAUUGCUUAUAAUCUAUUAGAAACAGGCAAAACUGGUGAACAAACUCCUCAAAUACGUGAAACAAGUUUUGGUCUUUUACGAUAUUAUCAACCAAAAGAACGUAUAUUACCUUUUUAUAAAAAUCGUUAUUAUCAAUUAUUAUGGGGUAAACGUAAAUCGGGUCCAUGGACAAAUAUUUUUAAACGACGUUAUAAUGAAUUUCAAGAACAUCAAGAACAUCAAGAAACAAAUCGUAUUAAAAAAAUUGUUGCCAAUGUUCUACAAAAAUAUCCACAUUUACGUGAUGAAGAAGAACGUGUUUUGGAAGAAUAUAAGAAAAGUUAUGAUUUUGAGCAGUAUCAUAUACCAAAACGAUUAGCUCAACGACCAAAAUUACGUGGUCAUCAAGCUGUAUGGCAUGAACCAGAAUUUAUUGAAAAUGGAACAUUAGAUGAUCCAAAUAGUGAAGAUUUUGAACGUUUACAACAAGAAAAAGUUGUUCGAAUGCGAAGAAAGAAAAAAUAA